UCCUCCGGCCUGCCGGCCUGGGGCGGGGGGUUCCCUCUCAAAUAGCGGCCCCGCUUCUCAGAGCCCCGGCCCAGGCCCCAACCCAGGCUCUGGUCAGGAGGAAGGGAAAAGUGUUCCAGGAGCGCUAGCGUCUUUCCGCCUCGCUUUUUCCUCCCCAACCCUGGUCCCCGCUCCCGUCUGGGCGCCAGCCGGUGGGGCGCGCGCCGAAAGCCCGUCUGCGAGCGGGAGCGCGUGGCGCGGGGCCGCUCCCGCGGCGGCACAUGGCCGCAGUCACCCCGCGAGCCCCCGGAGGCGCCGCGCCCAGCUCGCCCGAGGUCCGUCGGCUGCACCCCGCCGCCCCGGCGCCAAGCAGCGGCUGAACGGGGAGGCACCCGCGCCGGGCGUCGGGAUGACCCUUCUCCGCCUCCUCUGGCUAGUUUCCUGCUAUGUUGGAACCUUGGGGACUCACACUGAGAUCAAGAGAGUGGCAGAGGAGAAGGUCACUUUGCCCUGUCAUCAUCAGCUGGGGCUUCCAGGAAAGGACACCCUGGACAUCGAGUGGCUGCUCACUGAUAACGAAGGGAACCAAAAGGUGGUAAUCACUUACUCCAGCCAUCAUGUCUACAGUAACUUGACUGAGGAACAGAAGGGCCGAGUGGCCUUUGCUUCCAAUUUCCUGGCAGGAGACGCUUCCUUGCAGAUCGAGCCCCUGAAGCCCAGUGAUGAGGGUCGGUACACCUGCAAGGUGAAGAAUUCAGGGCGCUAUGUGUGGAGCUAUGUCAUCUUAAAAGUCUUAGUGAGACCAUCAAAGCCCAAGUGUGAGCUGGAAGGAAAGCUGACAGAAGGAAGUGACCUGACUUUGCAGUGUGAGUCAUCCUCAGGCACGAAGCCCAUUGUGUAUCACUGGCAGCGAGUCCCGGAGAAGGAGGGAGAGGAUGAAUAUCUGCCUCCCAAAUCUAGGAUUGACAGCAGCCACCCCGGGCGCGUCCUGCUGCAGAACCUCACCAUGGCCUCCUCUGGACUGUACCAGUGCACUGCAGGCAACGAGGCCGGCACGGAGAGCUGUGUGGUGCGGGUCGCUGUGCAGUAUGCACAGAGCAUUGGCGUGAUUGCAGGAGCAGCGACAGGCAUGGUGGCCGGAGCCCUGCUGAUUUUCCUCCUGGUGUGGCUGCUGGUCCGAAGGAAAGACAAAGAGCGCUACGAGGAAGAGGAGAGACCUAAUGAAAUUCGGGAGGACGCCGAGGCGCCCAAAGCCCGCCUGGUGAAACCCAGCUCCUCGUCCUCGGGCUCCCGGAGCUCGCGCUCGGGCUCCGCCUCCACGCGCUCCACCGCCAACAGCGCCUCCCGCAGCCAGCGGACACUGUCCACCGAGGCGCCGCCGCGGCCGCGGCCGGCCGCCCGCGCGCACGGCCGGGCGGGGCCCGAGGCGAGGGGCGCUGCGCCGGAGGACCCGCGCCCUGCCGCCGCCGCCGCCGCCGCCGAGGCCGAAGCUGCCCCCGGGAUGGGCCCCGGCCGGAGCCGGCCCUUCCAAACUGUCUGAAUUACGGUGCGCCUGGACGCCCAGGCUGCCCUUGGAGUCAGCAUCUUAGGACUUCCCUAGCCGCCACAGCCCAGUCACCAGCCACACCAUCCCCCCAAUCUUAUGAGAGGUCACCUAGUAGCUGGGAGCUACUCAUUUGCACGGGACAGGUGCAAAUGAGCACUCUCCAGAGAGGACACAGAACAAGGGUGUGAGGCCAUCAUCCCGAGGCGGCCUCUCCUGCCUUCAGCCGAGAGUCAGGAAAGCAGGCUCUCCGUGGAGCAGGACCUGCGGUGAGAAAGGCGAGGAACGAGGAGGGGAGCCCCUAAAACUUCUCAUCUGCGAUGUUUGUGUCAACACUUCAAUGCAGGGUGGUCAGGAGGAAAUGAGGUGUUGCUCAUAGAUUUUCUAUGCCUUUCUGCAAACUGGAUUAUUGUGGUUAUCCAGAGAGUCAAGCAGAACCCACAGCCUUACAGUACACCUUUCUGCGCCGUGUCCUGGGGUUACUACUUCUGAGAAACUCCACAAAAGGAACUGUCUCUUCUAUUCUGCCUUGACUUCAUUUGCCAUUAGGUUUGGAUAUAAAUUUCAAGAGGAAUUGAAAUAAUGGAACACAGAGGAGAAUAAUUGAGUUCCUCCCACUCUACCUACCACUAAUUGCCCCCUCCUUAUAAUCGAACCGUAAGAGAACUAAAAAAAGAGUCCAAAGUGUGUGACAGGGGACUGUGAAAAACUUCUCAUCCUCAUGAUGUUCAGAAGGUCACUGACAAAUGUCAAGAAUGUAUACUGGAACAAUUGUGGGUUUCUCCUCAAAUCAGAUGUUCCUAAGGACUUCCCUGCCAGAUAUCUCUGGAGCAAGAAAACAUUCACUCUGUGUCAUUUAACUAUGUCCUUAUAAAGAAGUCUUACCGUGAAACAGAUCUUUUAAAGAUGCUGAAAGACCAUCUGACAUACCAUUAUAGUUUUUCUGAGAACACACAUAACCAGAAUUUCAAGACUACUAGACGAGAGAGGGAGAUUAGACCAAUUUUCUUAAUGGGUCACAGAAUGGUAUAAGGAAGUUUAGAAUGGCACCAAACUUGCAGCUGAUUCAUUUUAGAAAAAGGAUAUGAACCCGGGACUUUUGAUGAUUCCAGGCCUUAAAUUAUCAGGAAGAUCGGGCUGGCCAACAUUUCCCAAUAACGAUGCAUGUCAAAAUCAUUCCUGCCUUAGAAGUUGAGAGAGAGAGUUUUCAGUAUUUUACCAGCUUAACCUCUAAGGAGGUCUAGCUCUGGGGUACAAAAAAAUGGAAUUAACACUUGGGGAAAAGAUAGGAUAACUAGUGAGUGGCAGGAAAGGUCUGGGUUAACGCCCAUUAAUGUUUUAAUUGUCAACAUCUUGGAGAGAAUUAGCAGAUAUGAUUCACCAAGAUAGUUCUCAGAAGAGCUGAUUCAUGGGAGAAGAAAGAUGUCUGAAAAAUUUAAAAAACAAACAGCAACCUCCAAUACAAUAACUUGCUCUUCUAAUACUUUUGACUACUCUGCCACUCUAAUUCAUCCUAUGGCAAGAAUUCAAAACCUGAAAUAGCCCUUCGAGGACCCAGUCACGGGUAGAGAGAGAUUUAUUAUUACAAGGGCAGCAAGCUACAGGGAAGAAACAGUGAUGCUGCAUAUGGUGAAAGCACCACUUCUAAAAUGGGAGCCAGAUGCUUGCAGGGAAAAGGUUGACCUGGGAUUGUGCCCCAUUUCUCUGGUUUUCCAUUUACACAUUCAAUUCUUCCAAGGGUCGGCACAGAGGGCAAACACAUUUCCUUAUGAAGCCCUGUAAGAAAUAGGGCUUUAUCCUGGGGUGAAAUUUUCAUUUGACUUUUGUCUUACUCUAAAAAAAGUUGGGAAAUGAGAAACAUGGAGGAAGUAGUGUAAAGAAUGUCUGGUGUUUAACUGAAGAGGGCUGGCCUAUUUGGAGUGUUUCUUAUACUAACACUGCCUCAUUGUAAGAAAUAAAAUCCCUUCCUUUACUUUAUUCUUCUAGUAGUGGUACCCAGCAACGUAUCACUGCUUCUGCUACAUAACGCUGAGAAUUCUCAUUCCCAGAGUCCCUGAACCAAACAAGGACACUAUGGAGGCUGCAGCUCUACUGCCACUAGCAAUUUUAUUGUGAUCAUUAUUUUCUACCUUUGAACCGAAGGUUUCCUCGCCCAUGCCUUUGAAAGUAGGGAUCGGUCUUUGAAUAAAAAUGUUUAGGUUAUUUAAACAUACAGUUAUCAGAAGACUGAAAUACCAGUUCAAUAAUCCAAAUUAUUUAUUUUGGAAAUCUAUUCACAAUAAAAAUUUACAAAGAAGUCACAAAUCUGGUAACUACCUACAAUCUGAGAAAUUCUAGGGCUUGAAGAUUCCAAAAGAUGCUGAAGUCUUAGCAAUGGCAACGUACUUUUCUUUGAGUCAGGGUUUUGGGUUCAGAUAUAACAGGAUCUGGGCUUGAGACAAGGUUGGAGCCACUGCUGGUUUCAAACCACAUUCCAUUAACUUUGCAAGUAAAAUAAAUUUGAUUCUUGAAUAUGAAACAAAGGGUAAAAUAACCAAAUGACAGAAGAAAAAUGUUUGUAGGAAGAAGAUACAAACAGAAUGAUGUGAAUGUUUAGAGAACAACCAUUUCAAUAAAAUAUAUAAACCAAACUUAAAACUGUAAAUUAAUGAAGUUGAUGCCUUUGUUGUUGCACUGUAUAAAACCAAGUUCAGAAUUGCUGUUGCAAAAAGACAUAAUUCUGCUUCAUUUCUGUUAUGCUGUUUAUAUUUCAA